AUGGAUAGCGUGGAGUAUCUCGAUCCAGAUUUUGACCCCCACAAGGUGACUGUGCCACGCCUGAGAUCGAUUCUAGUUGACCGAAAUAUUGACUAUCCGUCCAGCGCAAAGAAAUCUGAGCUGAUCCAGCUGUAUGAAGAGUAUAUUCGCCCUAACGCGGCCAAGUGGCUCGAAGAGUACAAGAAAAGUAUUGAAAAUAGCGUGGAGAUAGAAGAGGUCAACACCUCAUCUAAGAGAAGCGCGAAAAACUCCAGAUACUCGACUCCCGACAAAGAAUCGCGUAAAAGCCUGAGUCCUGCCCCAGACCAGACCGUUCCGCAAAAAAGAGGUUCUGAGGCGGCCACCCCUAAAAGGAAAAAGCUGCAUAGAAAGAACAAAAGUACGGAAGAGAACGCCGUCUCCGACGACGCUGAAUCGCCAACUGUCAGCAGAAUGGAGGAAGCAAAGUCUAGUAAGUCCAUCAAAUCGCCACUGUCUUUGGAGAAGUUUGAGUCCGAAAGCCCGGUUGAGGAGGGCGACAUUUCUGAUAUCCUUGCGAGACUUGUGAGUCCUAAAAAGGAAGAGCCAAAAAACCAGAUAGUUGAAAUGGAGAUGGAGAACACGUUCGAGGCAGUCGAGAAUGUUCAGGUUCCGUCUUUUCUUGACGAAAUGCUGGCGGGACCUGACAGGAUUAUUGAUAAUGAGAGUGGAGACGACGAGCGCACGAUAGCAAGCGCUACAAAAGUGAUGCAGAGGGAACUACUCACGGAUGUUGACAGCUCGGAUACGGAAGUGGAGGAAGCAGAGGUAAAAGUACGGGAGAGCGAGGUGCGCGAGGUUGUGGAAAUAGAUGGCGAACAACAAACAGAGGUGGUAGAGCAAGAGACGAUAAAGGAGACCGUCGUUGUGGUUGAGUCUUCUGCUGAGGCGGAGUCAAAGCCGGUUCAAAAGGGGCAUUACAAAUAUGCGCUUUUGCUGCUACCAAUUUUAUCGUCGCUAUUUUUCUACCGCUCGAUGGCCGUUGACGUUGGAUUCUGUGGUCGGGAAGGCGAGAUAAGGAGUGUGCGGUCGUGGCUGCCUACAGAAAAUCCAUUGUUGACGCAGUUCGCAAACAAAGCUGACGCAUUUCUGGAGCAGAUUAAGCCGCGAUGCAUUCCCUGUCCCGAGCACGCUAUCUGCAGAUACGACUCGAAGCUGGAAUGCAAGAGCGGCUACACUGUUUCAAGACCGUGGCAGUCGCUGUUAGGUCUAAUACCUCGGAUGGAGCAAUGCGUUUACGACGAGAAACGACUCGAGAAGAUCAAACUAAUGACCGAGUUUACGCUGGAUAUUUUGCGUCGCAAAAACGGCAAAGAGAUGACUUUGGAGGAGCUGCACAACUUUCUCAAAGCCACCAAGUCGGCUGACAUGGCUGACGAGGAUUUUGAGGAGUACUGGCUUCGGUUCGUGACGGAGGAGAUCUCAAAGGAGCCGGAGAUCAAGGUGGACUUUACUACAAGUUCGAUCUCGAUUGAGAAUAAGAUCCCAACGCAGUUCCUCACACGGACGCCAGGGGCCAGACGGACCAAGAAGUCGAAGCUUUUCCAGCGGUAUCCGCCUCCGACGUCGACCUUUGGCGGGUUUUCUGCGUAUGGUAAUUAA